CCCACCGAAAUCAGUGCAAUUCCGCUUUAAGCUCUCCUCCUCCGAGUGGACCCGAAAGAAAAAUGUGUGUAAAUGAAUAAAUGUGAUCUGUUCUGCUGCCAGCACGCCGUGUACCCGAGGACUGCUCUGAGUCAUUUUGGCAAGACGUCCAUUUUCAAGGAGGGGGGAAAAAGGGAGCAGUGAAAGGCUGCCAUGAUUUUAUUCCCAGCGACUUCGGACGCGUAAAAGCUCCCAUCACCGCGUGGAGGAGGAAACACCGCGAUUCAGCAGACAGUGCGGGUUUUAUGGGGUUCUUUCCCCCGUCUUAAAUUAUUAUUAUUAUUUUUUUUAUUAUUAUUAUUAUUAUUAUUUUGCAUCCCUCUUUCUUUGAACGACGCACGAGCUCGACGGGCCGUUUUAAGGGCGGGAUGGUGAUGGACAACAAAACAGAGACGAGUUGCUGGGAUUUUUUGUAACGAGCUUGGGGCCUUGCGACGUUUUUUUAGGUUUGUUUGGGUUUUUUUUAUUAUUAUUAUUUUGUUUUAGUUUUUGUUGUUAUUGUUGUUGUUGGUUUUUUUAUAUAAACAUGCCAGCUCGAGGCAUCCUGAGUCCGGGGCUGGUCGGAUGGGAGGUGGCGUCAAAACAUGUCCACACACAUCGAUGAGAAAAUGGCCAGGAAUCAAGCAGAAGGAUUCGUCAUGAUCAAAUAACGGUGAUGAACCAUAAAAAGAGACGCGUAUGACACUCAUCAUCCUGGGUUUUUUUAUUUAGCACUGUUCUGAGUAAUGACAUGAAUGUGGGACCCCGACAUGACUGUUUGAAAAUCUGUUUUGCAUUUGUUUACCUUUUCCUUCAUUUUUUGAUAGCUGGAUAUCACCCACCUCCCUAUUUUUUAAAGCCCGGACCAAUGCACUGAUUUUUUUUUGGUGUUGUUGUUGUUGCUCCAAUAAGACGGGACAGAGGCUUGAAGAGACUCUCGGGUCGCCGUUGUGGUUCGAGGCGGCGACGCGCCUGCUGUUAUUUAAACAUAAACAUUGUAAAGAGCGCGUCGGUCUCUCCGGGCCGGAAAAGCUCUCAUCCGCACUAACAUGCCAUCAGACAGCAAAUAAAAAGCACUGUAGUCUAUCUCGGGCCGUUUCUGGAUAACUGCUGUCUUACUACAACCUUCUAGUUUAUUCCCUGAGUAACAAGUAACGAUAACAGGCCUGCGGGUCUUCUAGAUAUCACAAGUAUCACCAAUAAUAAUAAUAAUAAUAAUAAUAAUAAUAAUAAUAAUAAUAAUAAUAAAUGCCAAUACAAUAAUCCGCGCGUUCCUUUUCACUUCUGGCGCACACCACACGCAUGUAGUGAAAGAUGUUCAAGAACCGGAUCCGCAUGUUUUUCAACGAGCUGAAGCUCCUGGUGUUCAUGCGGUCCGGUCCUCGGCAGCCCAGCGUGGACGCAGGCACGAGCAUGCGGGGCCUGGGUGCUAUGGGCGGCUGCGGAUGGCGUGCGUUCUCCCGCUGCACCGGCGACCACGACCACGACGCUGAGGAGUACUACGGCAGCGAUGCGGGCGCGAGGCGGAGCGCGGCGGCGGCGGGACUCGACGAGCGGGACGCACGGAUGAACGCGGACGCCGUGUCCCUGAGCAGCGGCACCCGCACGCCCCAGUGCCGCAUCUGCUUCCAAGGACCUGAGCAGGGAGAGCUGUUGAGUCCGUGCCGGUGUGACGGCUCAGUGCGCUGCACCCAUCAGCCGUGUCUUAUCCGCUGGAUCAGCGAGAGAGGCUCCUGGAGCUGCGAGCUCUGCUACUUCAAAUACCAAGUGUUGGCCAUCAGCACCAAAAAUCCCUUACAGUGGCAGGCCAUCUCUCUGACUGUGAUCGAGAAGGUGCAGAUCGCCGCCAUCAUCCUCGGCUCGCUCUUCCUCAUCGCCAGCAUCUCGUGGCUGGUGUGGUCUUCGCUCAGCCCCUCGGCCAAGUGGCAGCGGCAGGACCUGCUCUUCCAGAUCUGCUACGGCAUGUACGGCUUCAUGGACAUCGUGUGCAUAGGCCUCAUCAUCCAUGAGGGUUCAUCGGUCUACCGGAUCUUUAAGCGCUGGCAAGCAGUCAAUCAACAGUGGAAAGUAUUGAACUAUGAAAAGGCCAAGGACAUGGGGGAGCCGAUUGGUUCGAGCAGUAAGGCGACGGCACGUGGCUCGCGCUCCAAUCCUCACAGCCUCGGCCGUGGCAGCAGGAGGAAUCAGCGCAUUCGGAGGCUCAGGACUAUCCUCAACCACCACUGCGGCUACACCGUCCUGCACAUCCUGAGUCAGAUCAGGCCCAGCGAAGCCCGCCUCGCCUCCAACUCCAACCGCGAGGUGGUCAUGAGGGUCACGACUGUAUGAGGAUGGCGGUGCACGCGCUCGGAGCUGCUGAAACACAGCGCGCAAAGAUUUGUUCUGAGCAGCAGCUGUGCCGUGACUCAUCGGAUGACGUCUCCCUCGUUUCCCAAGCAGAGUGAAACGCACACACUUGUCAUAAAUGAGAAUUUGAACAUGCUGAAAAGGAUGAACUCUGGAAUCACACGGUUCAUAAUCAGAAACACACGAGAAAGAGAACCGUCUUUGUCGUCGGGCACACAAGCGCAUUUUUAUUUCGUCUCCUCUCUGGUGUCGUUUUAUACCACUAUGGUUUUUACUAUGUUUCAUUUUCUAAGGGCGUGUGGUUUUAUUAACGGACGCUGCUGUACUGAAUAUAAUGGCUGAAAAAAAAACAAAACAACAACAACAACAACAACAAAAAAACAGUGAUGUUUACCGAUGCUUCAAUUGAGCAAGGGGAACAAAAUAAUAAUAAUAAUAAUAAUAAUAAUAAUAAUAAUAAUAAUAAUAAUAAUAAUAAAUAACUGUAACCAAACCGUGACAAAGGCACAACAACCAGGGAGCAAAGAAUUCUUAACAAUAUACAAAUAAAAACAUUUAACGAGAAUAUCAUGAAGGGUUAGGGUGCAAUAAGUUAAAUAAAGGGAUUAUACAGAGUGUUAAGUACAUUAAUAUUUAAAGGAUUGGAUCUUCUCUGCAAUAAAGAUACCUGUACAUUUGCAGUGAACUUUGCAUGAGGGUAAAGUUUUGUGCCUCCUCGACAUGAGGAUAUGAUGAAUCUGUUUUCAUUUCGAAUGGUGCUUGUUUUAAUAAACACUGCUAUUCAUCA